AUGACGAGAAAGCCAUAUUUUGGCCUGCAGGGCAAUGCAUUGCUGCGCGCAGCGCUCAUGCUGGUCGUCUGUCCGACUUUCACCUGCUAUGGCUACAACAUGAGUGUGGCUGGUGGUCUUUUGACGCUCUCGGCUUUCAACACCCAGUUCCCUCGCAUGGACACAAUCAACACGACGGGUGCGGAGCAGGAGGAAAACUCGCAAAUCCAAGGAACGGUGAUUGCUCUCUAUACCGUGGGCGGUAUUUUUGGCGCCCUCUCCUGCGUCUACCUCGGUGAUCUUCUCGGGCGUCGCAAAGUCAUCUUCUUCACUACCUUUGUCUCAAUAAUUGGCGCUAUCCUCAUGGCGACCUCCUUCCAGUUCUCCCAAUUUAUCGUCUCCCGGAUCAUUCUUGGCCUGGGGACGGGCGGCUAUAUCGCAACGGUGCCAGUCUGGCAAUCGGAAAUCUCUCCGGCAGAUAAGCGCGGCUCCAGCGUCGUGACGAACGGUAUCUUCAUGGGCGUGGGCGUCACCCUUGCUCUGUGGCUCGACUUGGCAUUUUACUUUGUGCAGGGUAGCUCUGUCUCGUGGCGGUUCCCGCUUGUCUUCCAGGUGGUUCUGUCGGGAACGGCCAUGGCAUUCAUCUAUUUCCUUCCUGAAUCACCUCGCUGGUUGAUCAAAACGGGUCAAAUUGACCAGGCACGACUCGUCCUCGCAGCUCUCCUCGAAGUCGACUCUGAUUCGCCCACUGUGACUGAGAAUGUGGAAAAUAUCGAGGCUUCCCUUGCUCUCUGCGGAUCUGGAAAGUGGAAUGACAUGUUUACCAAUGGGAAACAGCGACUGUUUCACCGUACCUAUCUCGCCGCCACGGGCCAGAUGUUUCAGCAAAUCUGCGGUGUCAAUCUCAUCACAUUCUACGCCACCAACAUUUUCGAGCAGUAUCUUGGCAUGGACCCCGUACGAGCUCGCGUGCUCGCCGCUGCCAUGGGUCUCAUGCAGCCCUGUGGUGGUUUCCUCGCCUACUUCACCAUUGACCGUCUGGGUCGCCGUCCACUCAUGCUGUGGAGCGCCGGGGCCAUGGCCAUUUGCAUGGCGGGACUUGCAGGCACGACGUCUCAAAAGCACAACACCGGUGCUCUGGUGGUUGCCGUGAUCUUCCUUUUCGCCUUCCAGUUGAUCUUCACAAUUGGCUUUGCCGGAAUGACAUUCCUCUAUGCUGCGGAGAUGGCUCCGCUGCAGAUUCGAGCUGCGGCCAAUGCCGUGUCCACCAGCACCGUGUGGGCAUUUACAUUCUUGCUCGCUCAGGUCACGCCCCUCGGCUUUGCGACCAUCGAGUAUCGGUAUUACAUCAUUUUUGCCGUACUCAACGCAGUUAUCGUUCCAUCGAUCUACUUCUUCUUCCCCGAAACCAAGGGCUUCUCGCUGGAGGAAAUUGACGCGAUAUUCGAGCAAUCAAACAAUAUCUUUGAUCCACCUCGGAUUGCUCGAGCCAUGCAACAGGCACAGGCUAAAGGUGCUUUUUUGAAAAAGGAAGAUGGAGCCGCCGCAUGCGAAACUUCCCUCAAAGAGGCUGCCAAGUCUUGA